AUGGACGGGCAUUUAGGCCGCACGGCUGUCGUGGUGGAGAACAAGAAGAUCGACCUGUACGGACGGCGUGGCAGCGUGAGAGAGGCGAGGGAGAUUUUCGACGCCAUAGCUGACAAGAAUGCCUACUCGUGGGUGUUGAUGCUCUGCGCCUAUUCGCGCAAUGGGCUCGUCCGGGAGGCCAAGCUCGUCUUCGAUGGAAUGCCCGAGCACACCAUCGUCUCGCGCAACGCCAUGCUCGUCGCCUUCGCCCAGAACGGAUUCGUGGACGACGCGCAGCGCCUGUUUGAUUCCAUGCCCUGGCGCGACAUUGUGUCGUGGAAUUCGCUCCUCGCGGCGUAUGCCAAGCUGGGGCAAAUCCACACGGCGGAGCUUCUCUUUCGAUUGAUGCCAGACAGGAAUCUCGUCACCUGGAACUCUCUCUUAUCGGCUUUUGCGAAACGUGGCAAUGCUCUGGAGGCCAGGAGGAUGUUUUCCGCCAUGCCACAGUGGGAUCUUUUCUCCUGGAACUCGCUUCUUGCGGCAGUUGCCCAACUUGGGCAUAUAGAAUCAGUGAAAACAAUUUUUGAUCGAAUGCCUGAGCGUGAUGGGGUGUCGUGGAAUUCCAUUUUGAAUCUUUUUUGUCAAACCGGAUAUAUCCACCAUGCUGAAACACUGUUCGAACAAAUGCCGCAGCAUAAUCUUGUCAGCUGGACCUUGAUGCUUGUAGCAAAUGCUCAAUUGGGGCAUUUGCGAAAAACAAAGAGUCUCUGGUUAAAGAUGCCGCAAAGAGAUCUGGUUUCCUGGACGACCAUGAUCAACGCAUGUGUCGCGCACGGCGAUUUUGCAGAGGCCAAGCGACUGUUUGACGACAUGCCGCAGAGGGAUUCGGUAUCGCAGACCGCCAUGGUUGCAGCUUAUGCCCAAUGCGGGCAUCUUGAUCUUGCGACGCGAUUGUUACAGGAUAUGCCUCGGCACAAUCUUCUGUGUUGGAACGCAAUCCUCGCGGCGACCGCUGCUGAAGGCCGGAUAAGCAGAGCAAGCCAGAUCUUUGAGGAAAUGCCCGAGCAAGACAUCGUUUCUUGGAGCACCAUGCUUUCGGCAUAUGCCCAGAACGGUCUCUUGGACGAAGCCAAGCAAACUUUUGGACUGAUGCCUCAGCACAACUCCACGUCUUCGACAGCCAUGCUUGCGUCGUAUGCGCAGCACAAGCAGCUGCGAGAGUCCAAGGUUUUGUUCGACAACAUGCUGGAACGCGACGUGGUUUCGUGGACUGCAAUGCUCGCAGCGUAUGCUCACAAUGGUCACGUCAGGCAUUCCGAAAGGCUGUUUGAGUCGCUUCCCGAACGGGACACCAUCUGCUGGAGCGCUAUGCUUGCCGCUCUUGUUCAAAACGGGCUCUACUUGGAAGCUUUUGUUGUUUUUGACGAGAUGAAGAUGGCGGGAUCAAUUGACAAGGUGUGUUUUGUAUCGAUCCUCAUUGCUUGCAGCCAGGGAGGGAAGGUUUCCACUGCAAAAUCGCUCUUCGUGUCGAUGAGUCUUGAUUUUGGGUUUCAACCGAGCAAGCAGCACUAUUGCUGCAUGAUCGAUGUCUUUGGGCGAGCCGGGCAUUUAGAAAAUGCGCAAGAUCUUGUGGCUAACAUGCCAUAUGUACCAGAUUCGAUUCAGUGGAGGUGCUUGUUUGGAGCAAGCCGAAGUAAAAAUGAUGCUCAACAUGGAGCUUCGGUUGCUAGGGAAAUAAUCGGACUAGAAAAAGAACAUUCUGCUUCAUAUGAGCUUUUUGCCAACUUGAUAAGGUUGUAAAUUUUUUAUUUAUCCGUCCU